AGACAGACACAGUUACCAACAAGCCGUAGCUGCCGCUGCUCCUACUCCCACUUCCCAGCAUGCUCUGCGCGGAACGGGACAGGCUGUCAAUGUCCAAUAGGGGCGCGACGUCGGCUUGUGUGUGGUGUAUUGGGCUGUGUGCAGGUGACUGAUGCUGCCGGACAUGUCGAAGCCUCGCUGGAGGGGUGCAGUUUGCGCCGUGCUCGGGCUGCCGCUGCUCGGGUUGUUUCUCCUGGUGGCCGUGCUGCUGGUUAGGACGUACACUAUGCCUGACAGUCGGGACAGCUGGCAGGGAGAGGGAGCGCCGGCAGCGGAGCUGGGUGACACGGAAAGGGCACAGCUGAGACGGGCACUAGUAGGAGCAAUUCGCAUUCCCACCGUUUCUUUCUCUGAAGAGGAGCAGAACAACACGGCUCUGGCUGAAUUUGGAGCAUACAUCAAAAAAGUUUUUCCACAGGUGUUCUCCUCAAAUAUUGUUCAACAUGAAGUGGUAGCAGAAUACAGUCACCUUCUUACGGUUCAAGGCAUGGACCGGAGUCUAAUGCCAUACAUGAUCCUUGCCCAUUUGGAUGUUGUGCCAGCCCCAGAUGAGGGUUGGGUAGUGCCACCAUUCUCUGGAGAGGAGCGUGAUGGAUACAUUUAUGGAAGAGGAACUCUAGAUGACAAAUGCUGUGUGAUUGGGGUUCUACAAGCUCUUGAAUUUCUGCUAAAAAGAGGAUACAAACCCAGACGGCCUUUUUAUAUUGGAAUAGGGCAUGAUGAGGAGGUGAGUGGGCACAAGGGGGCCAUGAAGAUAGUGGAAAAGUUGCAGUCUCAAGGAGUUAAGUUGCUAUUUGUAGCUGAUGAGGGUUUGGCUGUCCUAGACGGUGUUAUUCAAGGAGUAAAGAGACCUUUUGCUCUGAUUGGUACCACCGAGAAAGGAUCCAUUACCUUAAACUUGACUGUAAACCAACAACCUGGUCAUUCAUCCAUGCCUCCUGCCGAAAGUAGCAUAGGUAUCCUCGCAGCAGCUGUCUCCAGGUUGGAGAACAAUCCAAUGCCCAACAUGUUUGGAGACGGUCCUGAGGCUUCCAUGUUUGAACAACUUGCAGGAGAGUUUGUGUUCCCACUCAAUGUCAUGUUGGCAAACCUGUGGCUCUUCUCUCCAGUCAUAAGAAGAAUACUGGAACGGACUCCUUCAAGCAAUGCCUUAGUGCGGACAACCACUGCACUUACCAUCUUCAAUUCUGGAAUAAAGUCAAAUGUGAUUCCACCUAUGGCAAGAGCUACAGUCAAUUUCCGACUUCAUCCAGCGCAGACAGUUAAUGAGGCUCUGGAUAUUGUACGGAACACCAUUGCUGAUGACAGAGUGCAGCUCAGUGUUGUCAACUCAUUUGAUCCUUUACCAAUCAGCCCCUGUGAUGAUUCAAACUUUGGAUACCAAAUUCUGCAACGAACCAUUCAUUCGGUUUUUUCAGGGGCACCAGUGGCUCCAGGUGUCUGCAUUGGAAAUACUGACAGCCGUCAUUUUGUCAAUUUGACUGACAGCAUUUAUCGCUUCAGUCCGUUAAAGCUGAGAUCUGAAGAUCUAAACAGGAUUCAUGGGCUGAAUGAGCGGAUUUCAGUUGAUGGCUUAGAACGUGUUGUACAGUUUUACUACCAGCUGAUCCAAAAUGCAGAUUCUGAUAAAGUUCCUGUAGCUCAUCUUGCCACUCAUGAGCUAUAGUGGAGAAGAAACGGAGGAGCUGAUAGUAAGCUAGAAGUGAAUGUUAGCUGUUCAGGGGCAAAUGCAGGAUUUUUAACACACAUACAUCUGUACACUUUAUACAUACAUUCAUUCAUACAAGUAUUGUGUAUCUCAAACAUAUCAGUAUCUUCUGUUUAAGAUACACAUUACUUGUUUUCUUACAUCUCCCUAAAUACACACACACAUUCCAACCCGCCAUAUUAACCAGCUGUUGUGCCUCAUGUGCAGCAGCAGACCAGCCAGAACAAAUCUCUGAUGGGAAUGGAUACCGAAUGCUUUGCAUCAGUAGGCUCCACCCCCUCAUGCUGUGAAUCGCAGGUCUCUAAAGUGGGCGUGCCCAAAUGCAGAUAAGGGUGGGGCUUAAAGCAACCCAUCCCCCCACCACGUGCGCCACUAUAACUUAACAUUUCCAAACACUGAUGAAGGAUAGAAAAUUCCUAUGUAUUGAUUGUUUUUGGAACAGGUAUAGGCAUCACAAUUACAUUACUUGGUUAAAGUUUGAUAUGUACAGUAACUUGACUAAAAACAGCGAGUGGUGAUAAAAUAGCACCUAAUAAGAAACUUACUUUUAUAGUCAGCACUCAGCAUGACUACUAAGAUACUAUUUAAACGAAAACCAGUGCAAAGUGUGAUUUAUGUCCUGCAAUAAUGGAAUCUCUGCCUGAUUGAACCUUUAGGAUAAUACUGCAUAACAGUACAGGUAAUCAGGGGUGUAAAUAUAGUGAGUGCAGGGGAUGCCAUUGCUAUGGGGGCCAGGGCCCAGGUUAUAAAGUUGCAUACCAAUUUCCUGGAUUUGCCUGAUAAGCAAUUGGGUCUGAUCCUUUGCCCAGCCUGAAUUGUGUGACAUUACAGAGAGAUAAGUGUGUGGUGGAUGUUAAAAUGGUAAUCUGGCACAAUAUGAACUGGAGACCACUGUAAUGUGUCAUAAUCUGAUCUGCUUAUUGUAAUGCGUAGGGCACUAUAAUGUUACUUAAUAAGAACUGGGGCACUUUAAAGUGGUACAAUAUGAAAUGAAUGCACUGUAGUGUGGGGGAAUAUGACCUGGGGCACUGUAACAUGGCAUAAUUUGAACUUGAGAGCACUCUAAUGUGGCAGAGUAGGAACUGGGGACAUUCAUAAUGUGAAUUGAGGUACUGUGUGGCAUAAUGUAUACUGUCAGCCCUACAAUGUGAUAUCAUGUGUGCUAGGGAACUACAAUGGUUCAUAAAAUUCAUAAACCCAGUUUGUUAUUGUUAUUUCAAAUUGUAAAGCGCAACGGAAUUUGCUGCGCUAUAUAAGAAACUGAUAAAUUAAUAAUAAAUAAAAUAAACUAGGGCACUACUAUGCGGCAUAUUAUUAACUGGUACACUGCUGUGGUUCAGAAAAUGAACUAGGGCACUAUUAUUGGGCGUAGGAUUAACAACUGUUGCGGAGAGGUGUCUCUCAAGAAGUAUUGGGACAGGGGCCCCUCAAUAUGUUGCCAUGGGGCCCACAAAGUUCUGGUUACGCACCCGUGGAUAAUAAUAAUAAAACAAAUCCUGCUCACUUGGAUUUGCAAAGCAUUCACCAGAAACAUACUGGUAAACUUAAUUAAAAAUGUAUAUUUGUGUAACUGACUAUGGGGUGUAUGAUGCCUGGUCCUGCAAAAGCAGGCAAUAGUAUUGUGGAGCAUGAUUAUCUAAGGCAGAACAUCAUUAUCUUUGCAGAUUUGUGUAUUUUUGUUGACUUGAUAUUCAACAGAUCUUCUGCCCUGAUCAGAUUGUUCCAUAGAUUUCAGUGCAUCUGUCGCUGUGGCUUUGGACAAUCAAUAGAAACAAAUUUGCAUAUAAAAAGUUGGUUCCCAAACAUGGUAUUCGAGGCAAACUAACAGUCCCAGUUUUAAGGAUAUCCAUGGCUGAGCACAGAAGGUUAAAUCAAAAUGACUGAGGUACUAAUGAUUUCACCUGUGCUCAAGCAUGGCUAUUCUGAAAACUGGGACCGUUGGGGUGUCUUGAGGACUGAGAUUGGGAUCCCUUGGCAUAAAACAUAACUUGUAUUUAAAACUGGAGGGAUUUGUUUUAUUUCUUUUCAAUUUGUCAAAUCAAUUUUGUUUUUGCUGCUUUUAUCUGAUAAUGUGUACUGCUAAGCAGCUAGAAGAAAUUUUCCAGCUACCAUUGAUGAGUAAUAAAAUGAUUGUAUAGCCUUCUCAGCUAUAGAAGUACCCAAGGGGCUGUACAACUAAUUCUACUUGAAUUGAGUUUGUGUUCUCUCUGCGUAGUGGACUACUGGGAAUUUUUCUCCCCAAAAUAGGACAUAAUUUUUACAUGUGCUUCACAAGGGGUUGGGGCUGGGUGACCGGCGGUGGGGAUCCCAGUUGCAGAAUGUGUGUGUGUGUGUGUGUGGGGGGGGGGGUUGGAGAGCCUUUUGGGCUCGCUGUGCUCACCAUGCGGGUACGGUGGUUCACUGCGUUUGCUACAGGUUCUAUUCCCAUUCUAAUAGUCCCUGUUAGUCAGCAUGCCAACUAUAGGGCUUCUGAUCGAUCGGGAUCCCGGCGUCUGCAUGGUGACCGCCAGGAUCCUGAGCGCCGGUCACAUGACCGGAUCCCCUGAACAAGUACUAGGCGGUGGUGGAAUCCAGCCUAAACAUGUAAUUUGACAUGUGACCUGUGUUCAUUUUAUCCACGAUAUUUGCAGAGGGUCACUGAGAGAGCUUUUUUAUGAAAACUGUUCUAAAAUCCAGAAUUAAGGUAUGCUGUGACUGAAUGGAGGUAUGCAGACAAUAAACCACACUGCGAUUAUUAAACUUAGUUUAAUAUAAUUAUGAAACUAAAAUGGGUAAUAAUAAAAAAGUAUGUAAUUUUGGGACAAAUGCCUAUUAUUGCUAAUGGCUUUAUUAUUAAAUGUAAUUUUAAACUGCUAGAUCUUCAAACACUGAGACUGCAGCUCUUACAGAGGGUUCUUCCAGAUUCUAUAGCGCUGAUGACUAAUGUAUAGCAUUAUCAUUGCAUCCAAAAAAGUGCAUCUGUUUUGUAAUCUCAUUUUAAAAUGCGCGUAUAACCCCCCCACCACCACCACCCCCUUCCUAUGUGGCUGGGUCUGCUCAGACGUAAACUAUUUAAAUUGGGGUGUCUUUUUAUUGAAUGUUUUGGUCACGUCCAUAAUGCUGUUGUGAACAUAAUUAAAAAAUGCUAUAGUUAUACACUAUACUCUAAAGGUGACGUGAACGUGUCUGUGUGACACAACUGAAGUACUUUUAUUCUAAAAGAUUUGUCAAAGCAGUUUAUUUAAUGAAACGCACUGGUUUUGAGUGGAUACAUUUUUUUAUUUUUUUUCAAAUGAAUGUGUUAUUUUUGUAUUAAGAAAACUAAAAUCAAUAAAAUCUUUGAAUGAAAAUAUAUAUUUUAU